GCCCAUCCCAAUUGACAUCAAGGACAUUGAUAGACCUUUAAAGACCCGUUGAAUUUGUAGACCUACGUGAAGGUGCUUCUUUGUGAAUAAACUACUAAGUGCAGCUUGGACUAUAUACUAUUAUACGAGAUGGAUGUUAUGAGAUCUACAGAAACCCUAAGCUCAGAAAAUAUCCAGUGGCUCUGCGUAAGUACCUAAGUUAUUAUUUACAUGUUGUUGUUUUUUUUUCUUUUGGGAGAAACUAAUAUUUCCGUCGGCCUACUCUGCCAUAACUAAUAUUCUUUAGUGCGAGUGUUCGCAUGGGGUGAUGUUCUGGGAAAUUGACCUAGGAUGUGUAGAUUGUGGGCAUAGAAGAUGCAGUAACUGCUACGUGGGAGAAGAGGAUUCUUUAUACCCAAAGCCCAAGAAAAUCAAGGAGGGUAUGGAAUAUGAGGCUCUGCACGGUGACCGCCACGGAUCGGAGAUCGACAGAGCCGCAAUGUUCCCAACGGGAAACACAAUUGAGGUCACCUCGACACAGUUGUUUCCUUCCGAAGGUGCCCUGGAGUCAGACCCUGGAUUAGCGGCCUUGACUUGUUCAAAUCAAGACAAGGCUGUCCCGAUUGGUGGGUUGGAUCAAGUUUAUGAGGGCGAGCGCACACCCCGCAGCAAUAAAGGGGCUGAAGAAGAUACUUUCGAUUUAACAGCUUUUGACGGGGACAGAAAUCAUGACUUUGACACAUUAUUUCCCGAUCGUGAAGGCUACUCGACGGCUUUCAACUGGGCCCAAGUAGAAACUAAUGUCAUAGGAACAUGUGGUCCUAGUGACGAAGGAUCACGGUCAAAGACAGACGCCCCAGAAACUUUUAAUCCCGAUAGAAUUGAUCUACCCCACAGAUUGGAUUUAGAUCCAAAUGACAACCCUGCGGACUUUUCUAUUGAGCCUCAAAUACCUUCACCUAUCUUCCCCUCUGACAUCAAUGCAAUUAAUCCCGCGCAUUUUCAUAAUGCCUUCCCCUUUGCGGCUCCGUGGACAGGUCCUGUUAUUCACUCUUCCCAACAACAUAUAUCAUCAUUUCCGUACAAUCAAUGGUUAGAUCUACCCGCACAAGGAUUUUCCAGCGCUGGCCCUCAAUUCUCAGACAUGGAUUCAUUAAUAGAUCAAAGGGAAGAAUUACCUCGUCCUCGAAGCCCCGUGCGCCGCAACAGCGACGAAUGUCUAUCGAACAUUAAUAAGAGAAAGUUUUACCAGGAAGACCCAGAAGAUAGACCUGCCCACAAAACCUUUAGAGCAUGUGAGUCGUGCUCGUCAACAACUAGCAUCGACGAAAAUAGGCCUCUUGCGUGUCUUUUCUAUAAGCGUGACCCCGCCCGGCAUGCAAGUUGCAUCAAGAAGAAGUUCAAAAACAUUAGCGCUCUGAGGCAGCAUCUAGACAACGAUCAUAGGUUAGGAGUCUACCACUGCAAAAGCUGCUGGGAUUCAUUUGCGGACCAAGAGUCCCUGGAUGCGCACGCGUCGUGCGAACCAACCAACGGUAGCUCCGUCGACCAGCUUCCUCCAAUUCCUAAGGCCAGGUGUCCUGACCCCAACGCCAAGUUUAACUAUAAGUGGUAUUGGUCUUGGAAGAAACUCUUCGGCGAGAAGACCGCUUUGCCCGAUUGCCCCUAUUCACACCCCACUCGGGAUAUGGCAGGCCAUUUAUUCAGCCAGUUCCUCCAAGGCCUCACAACUCAAGGGACGAAGCUGGAUGUACGCGGAUUUGAAGAAGCAAUGUCACAGUGGUUAGCAUCCUACCCAGAACCUACUAAUGAAUACCCCGUGAUGGAUGUAUCUAACAUAUCGAGUACGGUCUAAAGAUCAUAGUUGUUCCCCUUGAUUCGAAGCCAAACCACUUAGCACAUAUAAAUCUCUCUCCACUUACUACUUACAUACCUCUUUACGCUGCAAGAGGGUUAGCGCUUUUGCUUGCAUACAACAAGAAUGAAGGGAUGACGGGCCCCAGGGCGUCUUGGCGUUAUCGUUUUAACCAUACGCAUAUCAUUUGGUUCAUUUGCCUUUUUUUAAUCAAAUUUCGCAAAUACUACUACAUAAAUAGUACUAUAACUGCUUCUUCUAUGGUGGACUUACAUCGGCUUGGUCGACGAGGAAUUCUUGCUGUCGGGGAUGUAUGGUUAUAACAUGGAUAUACUGGCCAUAUAAAGGGAAGCCGGCUCCCUCGGAUAGAAGGUCAGGCGUUGUUGUUUCAAACCAAUAUACUACAUGUUAGGUACGGGCAGGUACUAUCGGUAGUUAAACCACCAUGGUGUUAUACGGGAGAAAGGUCUAUACAUUAACAAUGAUAUCUCUCACUAUCUUAUUAUAUUGCAUUAGCUAACUUUGCUUGUUUGUCCCAUA